GCUGUAAAGAUGGCGGAACAGAGGAGUACCCAAGAAAGUACUCCUAUAAAAUAUCACACCCCUAUACGAGGCGGUGCUGAUACUAGUAGUAGUGAAGAUGAAUGGGUAGUGAAAGUAGUUUUGGUUGGGGAGGAUACCUAUGAUUUGGAAACUGUUGCUAAUAAAAUCAAAGGCGUAUCAGGCGUGUGUCGCUCUGAGACUGGCCUUGAACUUGUUAAAGAUGCUGGCGAGUGUGAGAUGACCUUUGUUGUGGCCAGCUUUGAGGAUGAGUUGUUCACAAAACUCCACCGUGCCCAAGUGAGGAUCAUUGGCCCAACUGUGCUGAAGAGAUGCGCCAGGGAUGGCCUGCCCCUGCCUUUCAACACGCGGCCCCUGUACUGUUGCUCCAUGCAGGAUCUGGUCAUCUGCUUUACUGGCUUUAAGAACAAAGCCAAGCUGAUUUGGUUGGUAAAUCAUGUUCAUUACAUGGGAGGAAGUGUGCGCAAAGAUGAGGGAAUUAAGAUCACUCACAUGGUGGCAAAUAUUACACAUGGGCCAAAGUAUAGGUAUGCUGUAAACAUGGGCAAGCCCAUCAUGAGUGAGGACUGGAUCAACAGGUUGUGGUCAGAUCGUGAUGAUGUAGACUCCAGUGCUGAUAACCCAAAACUAGUUGCUUACAGGAUGAAACCAUUCUACGAGUGCUGUCUGAGCUUUCUUGGCUUUUCUGCGGAAGAGCAAAGUCACAUGGAGGAACUGACCAUAGAGAACGGUGGCACUUUUUCUGAGCCUGGGGCACAGGACGUCACCCACUUGGUCAUUGAUGACCAGAACAUUAAGGAGAUCCCCCAGGAUAUUGCCCUACCUCCAUUUGUGGUCAGGGGGGAGUGGUUCUGGGGUUGUAUUCAAAUGACAGCUUGUGCAGAUGAACAGAUUUACACAUUUGAAAAGAUGUCCACACCUGCCAGACACCAUCGCACAAAUCACUCAAUGGCCAAGACUAGGAAAAGAAAAAGAUUGCAGGAGUUGGUGGCCGAAACAGAAGGGUCGCCAUUCAUGGCAUACAAGCGCCGGUCAUCCUCGACAGACAUUAGCGCCACGUCCAUGAGUCCAGACUCAUUUUUAGACGUGACGUACACACCCGACAAGUCCGACACUCUCUUAGCAGAAUUGAAACUUGACAACAAAGAAGACUCAGCAGCCAAGUACAGCAAGAGAAGGAUGGUUGUCAUGGAGCUUCUACAGACAGAACAGAACUAUGUUGGCAUCCUACACACCAUUCUCCAUACAUUUAAAGCCCAGAUAGACAAACCAGACCAGUACAAUGGACCUAUCCUGGCCCCACAGGACACAAAAAUUAUUUUUGGCAACAUCCCUCCAAUCUAUGAGGCCCACUGUAAGCUGCGAGACUCCUUGCUCUUCCUGGUAGAGCACUGGUCAGAGAACAACAGUGUAGGGGAUUGUGUCUUAAACAGGGCUGAAGAAUUAAUGAAAGCAUACCCUCCAUUUGUCAAUUUUUUUGAAAGCACUAAGGAAACAAUACAAAAAUGUGAUCAUUCAAACCCCAGGUUUCAUGCUUUUCUAAAGUUGUGCCUUAGCAAACCAGAGUGUGGUCGUCAGUCGUUACAAGAGCUGUUGAUUCGACCUAUACAGCGGUUACCCAGUGUGGUUCUAUUGUUACAAGACUUGUUGAAAAGGACAGACAGCAGCAACCCAGACAAGAAAAAACUGGAAGAAGCAAUUGAAAAAGUUAAAAAUAUUACUACGCAUAUAAAUGAAGAUAAAAGAAAAACAGAAAGUCAAGUUGUCAUGUUUGAUAUUGUCAAUGACAUCGACAGUUGCCCAGCCACAUUGUUAUCUUCUAACCGCCAUUUUGUCAUGAAAAUUGAUGUGAUGGAACUUUCUGGAAACCUUUCUUCUCGUGGUGACCCUUUGACUUUAUUUGUGUUUUCUGAUAGUGUUGAGAUCUGUAAAAGAAGGAUGAAGAUCCUGGGAUCCAAUUCACGAAGUCCUGCCGUAACACACAAGGCACCACAAAAGGCAUACAAGCAUUUAGAGAUGAUCAGUAUGACAUCAAUCAAGAGGGUCCUGGAUGUUGAGGAAACAGAAGAUUGCCAGAUGGCCUUUGGGUUAAUAUGUCGAGACAGUGGACAGGCUAAAGAAAAGCUGUACAGUUUCACCCUGGCCAUGGAGGAAAUGUCAAAAGCCGAAGUUUUGACCAGCAUAUGUAAAAACCUGGCCAUAGUUCUAUGUCGACCUGAUAUAGAAACUUUUCUAGCCAAAGUUAAUGGAGAGGAACUCAACAUCAGCACCAAGGAUCUGCACAAGGGAAACAAAGCUCUCAAAUUUACACGUAGAGUGAGCAGAGCCUUCUCCUUCAACAAAACACCCAGCAAGUUGAAGAGGGCGGUGUCUGGAAUGGUCCAUGGCUUGAGCCCCUUUGUCAAAGACCCAAAGCAAUUCAACAAAGGAGGUGUUAGGAAACUAGCUAGUACAUUUGAUUUAACGGAAGUGCGUGAUGAUGAUAGUGAUACCAUGAGUCUCGGGGCUUAUUCGUUACAGGAGGAAGGGUCACCUGGAGGAUCUAUGAUAGGCUCCCCACAGCGCCUGGCCACAUCUAGUCACAUCUUUAUCACUCCGUCACGCUCUGCAGUCAAAGCCGUCAAGACCCCGUCCAAGUGGGCUACCAUGGGCCCCAGUUCAGCUAGCAAGACAAAAUAUUUGUGAUGUCAAUCUUUUUCAAGAAUACCCCUGGUGUAGCAAUCACACUUUGCCACCCAUCCAAGAAUGGAACUAUAACAAAGCUAAUUUAGCAGUUAACUGUCUUGUUGAAGAACCAGCUGGAUUAUCAAAUGUUAAGGCUAGUAGUUGUUUGUUUAUCUAGUAACCUGCAUGUGUGAUUUCACUAUAGCCAAAUAGAUAUUUUCUAUUCUGGAGAACCAGCUACCACAUUUAUCAGAUAGUGUUGUGGAUGUUUUGAUUUUCUCAUUUAAUCAUUACCCUGUUUACAAAUGGAUGGGCAAUCAUCUGCAUGCAUCUAGUAGUUGAUGUUCACAUCAUCAAGCAUCAGAUGUGCACAUCAUCUUUCUAAGCUGUAUGGUCUGUACACCUUUACUUAUUUGAAACACGUUUUUUUUUAUUAUGACUAGUGAACUUUUUCCCUAAUUUCAAAUAUGCUAAUGUCAUUAAUAUAGCUAAUUGUGGCAUGUAAUAAAAUAUAUUAAUUACUGAAAUAGAUCUGUAUUUUAUUUUGAGGAUUCAAGACAUUUGUGAGACAAACCAGUCAUUGAUAUUUAUCAUAUUGUUUCCAUAAAUGUUUGAUUUUAGUUCAUUUCUACUUAGAAUUGUUGAAGGUUUUAGUUUUAACUAAAUGAUCUGUGUCACUAUUGUAACUGUGAUCUGUAUCACUUGUUGCUGAUGACCUUUAUGAUGUGUACCACUGUGCCUUUACCUCAUACUUUCCUAGCCACAUUUCUCAUUCAUUCCAUCCCUCCUCACCAUAUGGGUGCUGUGUUGUUAUUUAAUUUAUGAAUGGACAUCUUGUCUUAACACUUGCAUGUUAGGUAUUUGUAAAUGUUUUCAAUUCUAUUUUGGCACAUUUUAUUCACAAAUAUUAUGGCAUCAUUUUCCUAUCUGUUGUAAACAUGUUUCUGCAUUGUGUUUUUGUUUUAAAUAUUAGAUACUUGUGUGUAUUGGUUGUUUGAUGUGUGUGAUACUGUCUGUAUCUAGUCUGAAUAAGUUGUUUGUGUGAUGCUUGAUUGUUUGUGAAUCUGGCAGUACAUUUGUUUAAAUCAACAUUACAUGA